AUGGGCGGGGACAGGCGGAGCUCCGGAAGUGUUCGGGGACCGCGCGUAGCGGCCGGUAGCGGAGUCCCGCACUCCCUGGACCGGCGAUAUUGCUUAUUGCGGCCGAGCGCGCCAAUUGAAACGCGUGUCCGUUACGCCAAAUCAGGACGUGCCUCUUCGAGUUGUGGAAUUUCGGACAACGAAUUUUGCAAUGUGCAUUCAAAAUUAAACCAUUUAUGUGCAAAAAUGAAUUGUUUUAGGAUUUUAUCUGUGAUUUUUUUAUUCGUAUUUAAAUGUUUGUAUGCUCAAGAAAACCACGAAAGAGUGGAAGCUGUCUCGGGACAAAGUGCGGAGCUACCCUGCAACGUCACGGCAGAGAAAGAAGACGACAGACUCAACAUCCUCGCUUGGUACAGAAAUGGAUCAACGACAGCGUUUUACAGCAGUCGCGACUUACGCGGCGAUGAUGAAACCACCACGCCUUCGGAGGGUCGCUAUCGUUUAGUGACGUCGGAGAACGCGGACGAAGAUAAACUACAGAUACUAAGAGUGCGUCCCUCUGAUGCCGGAUUCUACACGUGUCUUGCUGACUUUGCCACUAGUCCUGCACAUAAGACUUAUGUUGAACUUAUCGUUAUUGAACCACCGCGCGUGCUAUGGAUGGUGCACGAGAAUGGCACCCAGGUCGCGAAGGCCAGCCCAGGGGUGAACACUAGUCAAAACGUGGGCCCUUACUACGUUGGCGAUACUGUGCACCUCGCAUGCGUUGCUUAUGGAGGGAAACCGUUAGCAUCGCUGGCAUGGUGGACCGAACAGCGUCUACUAAAAAACACGCUGACUCCGCUCUCAGAGCACCGUGUUCGCAGUGACCUGAUCUACGGUCCCCUACAGAGAGAAGAUCACGGUCGAGUCUUCAGUUGCUUCGCUAAAAAUAAUGAGAAAACAUCGCCGCUUUCUAUAGAUGUCGCCAUAGAUAUGUAUUUACCGCCGGAUUUAGUCUCCCUGAGAAGCGAGGGUCCAGAGUCAGAAGGGGGCAUAGGUAGAGUUCGUGCUGGAGAGGCCUUGUGGCUGCAAUGCCGGGUGUUAGGAGCGCGACCCUUGCCACCCAUUGCCUGGAAGCUUAACGACAAUCAGCUGCUGAACUUGGAACAGAAAAUUAGUAUGGAGCCGUCUCAAAGACUUGUAGUUAGUGAAAUCCAAUUAACGAUAGACCGACAUCACGACGAGUCACACAUCAGAUGCUGCGCGCCUUCCUAUCAACGCAACGAUGAGAAAUUAGUGUGUUCCCAGCCUCUACCCCUUACUGUUUCAUACGCACCGGUGCUAGAAAUAGUCGUGGAGAGUAACGUAGACAACAACACCCUGGCGGUCGUAAAAGGUUCAAAUGUGUCGCUAGCCUGUAAUUAUGAGGCCAAUCCUUCUGUUUAUGAGCUGUUAUGGUUUCACAGGGAAGACCUGGUAGUAAAUGAUGAUAAUAGUAAAAGGGGAACGAUACGACAGAUACUAGAACUCAACAAUGUGACAGAAAAUGACGAGGGGGAAUACGCCUGCGUCGCAACCAAUGACGAAGGGUCAACAUUCAGUGAUCCUUUAGUUAUUAAUAUCACUUAUCCAGCAUACUGUGCAGACGAAAGCAUUGUAGAAUAUGGGCUAAGUGAAAACGAGGCAAUAAAUAUAACUUGCAAUGUUAAGGCGAAUCCAGAACCGAUGUCGUACCGAUGGGUGUUGGUCAACGACGCAGUGAACAUCACAUCUCUUAAGAACUACCCACAGAGCAUCAUUGAGACUGAAGAAUCCAUUCUCUUAUAUGAGAGGCCUAAUGGAACUGCUUUUAGUACCAUAUUUUGCUGGGGACAAAAUGAAGUACCAACUGAAAGACAGGUACAUAGUCCAUGUACAUUCUUAGUAACAGACGAAACUAUCCCCCGACCACCAACAAAUUGCCAAGCUAGAAAGAACGUUGAGCACGAUAUUACAGUGACAUGUGAAAAGGGACAUGACGGUGGACUACCACAGAAAUUCAAGUUCAUCGUCAAACCAGCAGACGAUGAUAAUGGAGAACAGUUAGUUUCCAUAAUAAAUUUAGAACCAAAGUUUAUGAUUCCGGAACCAAAUAAGGAAAAUUACAAGUUUGUGAUAAUAGCUUUCAACGAAAAAGGAGAGAGUCAGGUUGUUGAAAUCAAUGCAGAUAGCAUUAUCGAUGAGACAAAAGUGUCGGAUGUGGCGGGCAGUGCAGUGGCAAACAUUACAACACUGGCGCUGGCGCUAUGCGGCGGGGUGGCGCUCGUGGCGCUGGCGGCGUGCGGCCUCGUGCUGUGCACCUACGAGCGCACCACGCGUGCCGACCUGCCGCGCGACCGCGCCGACCCACCGCUCUGCGCAUACAACACUGAAGAAUCCAACUGUGAAACGUGUCACGACAGUGACGAAGGCAGUGAGUGCAACGUGAGACGAACUGAAUCAUUUCGUAGAGCUAUGUCGCGACAUCCCUCGAAGAACUUCGAUGUAAGGCGAACCAGCUCGUUCCACUCGGCGCGCUACAUGAACGAGGAGGCCGAGCCGGAGACCUACAAUAAAUCUUACGAUAUAUCACGCCAUAGUAAUAACUGUAGGGUACACUCCCUACAGAACAUUAACAGAAAGAGAGACAUGGACGCCCUUUGCGACCAUUUAGUCUUACGGCUUCCACCAGAGACAAAUUACAACGUUGCUCGACCGAUGAACACGUUCUACACUAUGCCUAGAAAAAUGCGACACAAGCUAGCAAAGGAGCUCAGUGAUGAGAUGUCAGAAAUAACUCAAACUUCAGACGGAUUCUCGUUGCCGCCUCCUCCAGAUGAAUUUGGUACCUAUCGAGCAGCCAGUAGAAUAAAAGACAUGCCUACUAAAGCAACACCAACUUAUACAACGAUCAUAAGAAAAAACUCGGCGGGGAAAGGCCCUACAAAGCAACAAUACAACAAUGUAAUAAUAUCUCCGAUGAAUACUGUAGGCCUACCCUCAGUAAGUGGCGGUCAGCACAGUGGUGUGUAUUCAUACCCUGAUGACGAUCAUCAAGAGCAUCAGGAAACGCUGUAUACGACUGGUAUCGUUCAACCUUAUUUCACCCCUAGGGCGUCUGGAUUGUAA